AUAUAGUUUAAAAGCUACAUUUGAUUUCGUGUUGUGUCGCUAGAUCGUUCCACAAUCGCGAGAAAAUAGUACAAAAAAGUUCACGAGUAAAUACAAGUUGUUUUGGUAUAUUAACUUCUUCAUUUUUUAAUGCAUUUUGAUAUAUAAAAAUAAAAUAUCUUACAAUAUUGAAUAUGUAAAUCAAAAAUUAAUUUUCUGUGAUUUAUUAAUCGUUCUUUGAUUUGUGUUGUUCAGAAUAAUUAUGAAAUAUGCAACUUAACCCCGUUUUUAAUGAUUUUAUUUAAAAAAAUGAAUAAUUUCGAUUUUUAGCUUCCAAAAUUAAUUUUUUCUAGGGACGUUUAUUUAUUAAAAAUCAUGUCGUUACGUCAAUUUUUUCAAUUAUUAUUGAAAAGAGUUGGACCUAUUCUGUAUGCUACAAGUUCUACAUAUAUAAAUCAGCCAGAAACUAACAAACCAACAGCAGAUGAUAAAUUACAAUUUGAACCAAUUGAUAUAAAAAAAUUAACUCCUGAAUAUAUGAUUCAACAAUCAACCAUAGAUGCUGUUAAUAGUGCAACGCAAUCACUAACUGUUGCAUAUACAGCAAUAAUGAAAGCAAGUAAUGAAUAUAAGGUAUUAUUAAACGAAUUAAUUUCUCUUUCAAGAGAAACUUUAGAGUUAAAUGUUAAUGAUACACAUUGGGAUAUGAUAGUUGAACUGAGAUCAAAAGUACAAAGUAAAAAAGAAAUCUUAACUAAGUUGACAGGAUAUAUUGAAUAUGUACACAAAAUGGCAGUAGCUGUUUCAGAAAUAAGUUAUUUGUCUGGAAUGGAUAAUUUAUCUUUCACUCUUACUCAAAGAAUAGAUGAUGCAUUAAGAAACAUAAAAAAAGAAAUUAACCAUAUUAUGGUACUUGAACAAGAAUAUUGUAAUGUGCAAAAAGAAUGCAUUAAAAAUUCUAAUAAAACGGAUACCAAGUCUGCAGAUAAAGUAAAAAUUAAUGAAUUAACUUAAUGUAGUAAAAUAUUUUUUGUUUAUAAUUUAAAAUUUAUGUUUAAGAUUUUAUACAAUAAACAGAAAUAAUAUGUUAAAAAUAAAUUAUUUAUAUAUUUCAUUUUUUUGAAAUAUAAUUCAUAUUAUUAUGUAUAUAAAUUUUAAAAAAUACAGAAAUAAAAUUAUAUAAUUCAGAAAGAAAAUGAAAGAAAUGAAAGAACUUCUAUAUAGUUAAUUUCAAACAAAACAAACACAGUUGCUCAAGCAUCAAGAUGUAUUGUUACAAUAUGUCUACCAGGUAUCAUUACUAAACCAAGAGUUCUUGCUUCUGUGUGGUCCUCUGAUAGAAAUUCUGAACAUGAUCCUAAAAUCACAUUGGCAUCACGAUCAGUACAUAAGAAUGCACCUAUUAAAAUACGGCCAUCUGUCAUUUUUAUUCUUAAAUUUCGAUUUAGCCAUCCACGCAAUUUCUGCUUUGCUGGAGAUUCCUCUGUAUUAACCGUAUUUACAGCCUAUUACAAUUACAUAAGUAAACUUAUGCUAAUCUAAAAUGCUCUGUUAUAAUUCAAAUUAUAUAUUUGUACAAAUAUAUUU